GAAUCUCAGACUGGUCACUAGAUGGCACUGCUGUUGUUGAAAAUGGCGGCCCGUCGAUUGCCAUUCGUUGUUGUUCCUAGUGUUAGAAGUAAACAAAGUAACAAAUUUUAUGAUGUUAAUUUGUAUAGAUUUUAUUCGUUAAGUUAUUGCAAAUUAAGGUAUGAAUCAAAACUCAGGAGUAGAAAUAAUUAUCAGCUGUCAUUCCGAGAGAGUAGCUCAAAGAAAAUUGCUUCAGGACCUGAUCUACAAGAUUUCAUAGCUGGUGUUGUACCUCGAGGGUCUACCUAUGAAGAUUAUCAGGGUGAACUUGUUCGCAAUAUUGAUGAUAGAAAGAGCCGACUGAGAUUGCCACCUUGGUUGAAAACUAAAAUUCCAGUUGGUGAAAAUUAUCACAAGCUGAAAGAAACUCUUAGAAGUUUGAACCUACAUACAGUGUGUGAAGAAGCCAGGUGUCCUAAUAUUGGUGAAUGCUGGGGUGGAGGAGAGUAUGGAACAGCAACAGCUACUAUUAUGCUAUUAGGUGAUACCUGCACCCGCAAUUGUCGCUUUUGUUCUGUAAAGACUUCUAGAACCCCUCCACCUCCGGAUCCUAAUGAACCAAAAAAUACUGCACAAGCUAUAGCAGAUUGGAAUCUAGAUUAUGUUGUUUUGACUUCUGUUGAUAGAGAUGAUAUUCCUGAUGGUGGUGCUAGUCAUAUUGCAAGUACUGUGAUUGAAUUAAAACAAAGAAAGCCAUCAAUACUAGUUGAAUGUCUUACACCAGACUUUGCUGGAGAUUUAUUAGCUGUUGAAAAGGUAGCUUUAUCUGGCCUUGAUGUCUAUGCUCAUAAUAUUGAGACUGUAAGAGAAUAUCAAAGUCAUGUUCGAGAUCGAAGAGCCAAUUAUGAUCAGUCAAUCAAUGUGCUUAAGCAUGCAAAAAAAGUGAGACCAGAAAAUAUAACCAAAACAUCUAUAAUGCUUGGUUUUGGGGAAACUGAUGAUAUGGUAAAGGCAACAAUGGAAGAUCUCAGAGUAGCUGAUGUUGAUUGUCUUACUAUUGGACAGUAUAUGCAACCUACUAAAACUCGUUUGAAGGUGACAGAAUAUGUAACUCCAGAAAAAUAUAAAUUUUGGGAAGAAUAUGGAAAUAAAAUAGGAUUUCAGUACACUGCUAGUGGACCUUUAGUGAGAUCUUCUUAUAAAGCUGGUGAAUUUUACCUGAGAAAUCUUGUGCAGCGAAGACUUUCACACACACUUCAAGACAAAUGAAUAAUUAAAUGUUAUAAUUCUUAGUUACAUGAGCAUUUAUUUAUUUUUAAAAAAUUAUGUAGAUUAAAAAUUGAUUUUUUCAAAAAAAAUAUUUUUUUAAUAAAAUUGUUUAAAAUGAAAUAA